AUGGCGUUUCAAAAAAUUAAAAGAUCAGCCACAACAUUCAAAAGGUCUAUCAAAAAAUUAAUUAUUACGAGUCAACACAGCACGGAUGACGAUAGUGCAUUUGAUGAUUACAAACAAUGUAGAACUCAGCAAACUAAUGUAAAGGAUUUAAAAAUAGUUCAUAUGAGGAAUGAAAUUAUGGGAGAAUGGGUUAUGAAUGAUGAAAGUGAUUGUAAAAUUAAGACGGAGAAGAGAAUGUCAAUUGAGGAGCCAAAAGAAGAAGAAAACCAUAUUAACUAUUGUAAAAUGAAUGAAAAUUUGGAAGGGGAUGUCCAAGUAAUUGUUGAAAAUUAUGAAACCCAAACAUCUAUCGAGAAAAAUUCAAAUGAGAACCCUGUGGAACCAAUUAUGGAGGAAAGUGAAUACAAAAUUCAUCAAAUUAUUGGAAUUGAUUGUGGAACUUUUUAUUCACAAGCAAGUUAUCAUAACAUUGGUUCAUCAAAAAUUAAUGAUCUGUAUUCAACAAGAAUAACCUCUGUAUUUUAUUCUAAUAUGAUUGGAGAACAAGUGUUAGAGAUCACAGAAGGUCAACCAGCGCUUUCCAUUGAAUAUUUCAGAAAAUUCUCAAAUAUUCCAGAAAGAAAAUUGAAUAGUAAUUUAAUAUAUCAUUUAAUUGGAGCAUUUUCAAAACAAAUUGAUGAAGAUUCGAAUAAGAAAUUUAUUACAGCCAUUCCAUACGGAUGGGAGCUUCAUUGUGACAGUAAGAUUGUAAACAAUUCUACUUGUUUUGAGCACGAGGCUGUAAUUUCAUAUUAUGUAGCUCAAUUCUAUCAGUUAGAUUUUAAAAAAGAACCUGACGAAACGUCUCUGCAACAAUUCAAAGAAAUGAGCAUUCAGUUCAGCAUUUUCAAUUUAUCAGGUACAGGCACCUAUCAAUGUAUAGUGAGGAAAGAUUCCAAUUCCCUAGUAUUCGAAUCCACAGUAUUAUAUAGCUUCAGUUUUAGUGGAGUUAAAAUACUUUCAGAUUUUUGUAAUCGAAUCUUGGUUCGUUGCAAAUUGAAUUACAGGUAUGAAAAUGGAGAAUUGAAAACGAAUGAUAUCAAAGACGAAAGAAGUGCAAAAUUUACAUUUCAAAUGAACAAACUCAUGAUGAAUAUGUAUCAAUAUGGUCAAGAUGACGAAAUUUCUAUAUCCGAAACUAUUAGAAUGAUUUUUGGAGAGGAUAGUCUUGAAGGACCAGUUUUUAUCAAAAGAAGCGAAUUUCCUGAAUUAACUCUUGAUGAAAAUAUGCCAAUAUUUAACAGUAAUCAAUUACUACUUGUUGGAGGAUUGUGGAAUAUUCCAAGCUUGUCAAAAUUCAAAAAGGGAGAAAAUCGUAGAUAUUUGAAUAAUGGCAGUAUGAUUUCUGUUGGUUGUAUUCUGAGGGAGCUGAUGAUUAGAAAUUAUAAGGUUUCGUUUUGUAUUGGUAUUGAUCUAGGUACUAGCACAACCAUUGUUUCGUACAUUGAUGAAUUUGGAUAUACGAAAUAUAUUUCACAAGGAUCAUGUAAUUUCCAAAACUCUGUUGUGAAUGUAAGCUGUAUAAACGGAGAAUCAUUUCAAACUGGUGUUGGAGAAUUGGAAGAUGUUAAUGGUGUUCUCUACGCUACAGAAACUAAACGAAUCAUUGGUAAAAGAAAAGACAAUCAAGUGGCCGUCAUUCAAGAAAAUGAAAAGAAAUUAGAUUACAAAAUAGUUGCUAAUCAAGAGAACCAACUUGCCACAUGUCGUUUCGUAUUUGAAAACGGAAAGUUUCUUGACAUUUCUCCAGAAUUGGUAGCUCAAAAAAUUCUUGAAAAUGUAACCGUAUUUAGAAAAGAUCAAGAAAUUCCAGCAGUCAUUACAGUUCCAGCUGAAUUUGGAGUUUUCCAAAAGAAUGCAACUUUGGAAGCAGCUAGAAAAUCAAACAUUAAGGUUUUGAAAUUAUUACCAGAACCAUCCGCAGCUGCCUAUUACUAUUUUAAGAAAGAUCCUCAAAGAGGGGAAGGUAAUUACUUGGUAUUUGAUUUUGGUGGUGGAACUUUGGACAUUUCACUCAUUCAAGUUUGUAAAAAUCAUGAUAGUCAAUUGGAAUUUAUUGUGAAAUGGGUUGAGGGAGAUUCUACUUUGGGAGGUGUUGAUGUUGAUAAUUUGGUUUUCCAAAAUUACAUUAAACCUGUUUGGUUUGGAGCAUCUUCCAUGACACUCGAAGAAAAAUCAUUGACAUCUCAGUUGAAUAAUUUAAAGAAAGAAGUUAAACACAAGUUGAGUGCAAAGGCAAGAAUUUUGAAAGAAACCUUAUGUUCAACUAGACGAAAUGUUGAAUACUUUAGUAUUGAGAUUCCUGAGAAUGAUUUAUCUUUGAUUAUUUCUGUGAAUUAUGAGCAAUUUAAGAGAGAUUGUGAGGAGGCGUUCCAAAAAAGGGUCCAGACCUUAAUUUCAAAAUUUAAAGAACUUGGAUGUGAUAUUAAUGAGGUUCUUAUGGUUGGAGGAUCAUCUCUUAUUCCAUUUGUGAAAGAUUGGGUGCAAGAUGAACUACCUGGAGUUACAAUUACUAGACCACAAAAUAGUGACAUAAUUUAUAUCGUUAGUUAUGGAGCUGCCUACUUGGCUCAUGAUCUUUAUCAAAAACAAGCCAUUCCUAUUACUGAAUGUCUUUCAAGAACUAUUCGAAUUAAGGAAUAUCAAAAUAAUUCCUUAAUUAAGGUUCUGGAAAAGGGAACACCUUUGCCUUGUAAAAAACUAUUGGCAGUUACAAAUUCAUCAGACGAAACGAAAGAGAUUAAUUUGACCUUCAGAGAGGGAGAAUCUGAAAUUAGCUCAAUGUUAGAAUUACUAACCAAUUCAAUCAUAAAAAUUGAUCAAAAGCCUGCCUCUAACCAUAAAAUAUGUGUUGAAUGCAGAGUUGACCAAGACGGCGUGUUUACUGUUAAUGUACAUGAUGUAGUGAGUAGGUCAACAUUCUUCAGUGAAAAAUUCACAUUCAGUAACAAUCAGAUUUCACUCAGUCAACCAGAGGAAAAUUCUGAAAUGUGGGAAAAAUUGCAUGAAUUGACUGAGAAGGUAUACUUUGUUAAAGGUAAGAUGUCAGUAAUCAAACAAAAAGUAUUUGGUAACACCCAUCAAGCAAACACUACUUUGCGCAAUUGUGAAACGUUUGUUGAAACUUUACAAGAACAUUUGACUUUGAGUUCUAUUGAAAAAAAAUUAGAAGAAAUCAAUUGUUGGUAUAAAAUGUCAUUAACCUGA